AACGCCUGCUGGGGGCCGGUUGCCGCGGCCAAGAUGUCGCUGAUCAAGAAAAGAAAGCUUGAGUCGGGGGGUGGCGGCGCGGGAGGGGAGGGAGCCGAGGAGGAAGAUGGCGGGGAGCAGGAGGCGGCCCCGCCACGACCCCGGAGGACUAAGCGCGAGCGAGACCAGCUGUACUACGAGUGCUACUCCGACGUAUCGGUCCACGAGGAGAUGAUCGCCGACCGCGUCCGCACCGACGCCUACCGCCUGGGCAUCCUGCGGAACUGGGCCGCGCUGCGAGGCAAGACCGUGUUGGACGUGGGCGCGGGCACCGGCAUUCUAAGCAUCUUCUGCGCCCAGGCCGGUGCCCGGCGGGUGUACGCGGUGGAGGCCAGCGCCAUCUGGCAACAGGCCCGGGAGGUAGUGCGGCUCAACGGGUUGGAGGACCGCGUGCACGUCCUGCCGGGCCCGGUGGAGACGGUGGAGCUGCCGGAGCAGGUGGACGCCAUCGUGAGCGAAUGGAUGGGCUACGGACUUCUGCACGAGUCCAUGCUGAGCUCCGUGCUGCACGCGCGGACCAAAUGGCUGAAGGAGGGCGGUCUCCUCCUGCCAGCUUCUGCGGAGCUUUUCGUGGCCCCGAUUAGCGACCAGAUGCUGGAAUGGCGUCUGGGUUUCUGGAGCCAGGUGAAACAGCACUAUGGCGUGGACAUGAGCUGCCUGGAAAGCUUCGCCACGCGCUGCCUCAUGGGCCACUCGGAGAUCGUGGUGCAGGGUCUGUCCGGCGAGGACGUGCUGGCCCGGCCGCAGCGUUUUGCCCAGCUCGAGCUGGCCCGCGCCGGCCUGGAGCAGGAGCUGGAGGCCGGUGUAGGCGGGCGCUUCCGCUGCAGCUGCUAUGGCUCCGCGCCUCUGCAUGGUUUUGCCAUCUGGUUUCAGGUGACCUUCCCUGGAGGGGACUCGGAGAAACCCCUGGUGCUGUCCACCUCGCCCUUUCACCCGGCCACUCACUGGAAGCAGGCGCUCCUCUACCUGAAUGAGCCGGUGCCGGUGGAGCAAGAUACGGACAUUUCUGGCCAGAUCACUCUGCUGCCCUCCCGGGACAACCCCCGACGCCUGCGCGUGCUUCUGCGCUACAAAGUAGGGGACCAGGAGGAAAAGACCAAAGACUUUGCCAUGGAGGACUGAGCGUUGCCUUUUCGCCCAUCCACCUUCUUCGGAAGGUCGGAAGAGAAAAGAUCUGUGCAAGUCGGAGACAUAUUUGUCUCCUCUUCCUCACCGUUUCUGGGAAAGGGAGAGUGACUUCAGUCUUCAUUUGAGGACAUUCUUCUGGCAAUGUUUGUUUAAAAAGUGAGCCUCCCUGACCAAGGACUGGUGCGGUGUGCUUUUAAGCCUGGAAAGCAUUUAGUGUCAAACUUGUAUUUGUUUCACUGCGGGGACAGGUGGGGGGAUAAAUAUGUAAGUUUAUAAUUGGUCCACGCGCUAAUCUGACACCUCAUCCCUUAUCUCCAUAUGAACUGGGAAGAAAGGCAAAAGGGUUCGAUUAGAUUUUAGAAAUUUCAAGUAUGAUUUUUAGAGCUUUUUUUUUUUUUUUUUUUUUUUUUUUUAAAGUCUCUGAAUUCUCUCAAGCCCUAGGUGCCUGUAGGAUGUGGUACAUGUGCUUCCUUAUGUUCUAAAUAAAAUUCAUCCCGUUAGUGAGGAACUGGAGCACACGUGAAAUACUUUAAUUAGCCCUAUUCUCAUUACUCUUAAUCCACGGGGUGCUAAAUUUGAUGAACACAAUAAUCCUAGUAAAAUGACUAAUUGUACAGCCUAGACUAAUUGUUUAGGCAAUUCUAAAUGUAACAGGAGGAAAAGUCUGAACAUGAAAUAGUAUGGGUUUGAAUAUCCUAAUUUUUACUUUUAAGGCUGAGCCAAAAAAAUUUUAUAGAUGUUUUAUAAGAAAUAUUUUAUGAUUCUUGUAAAGCAGGCUGACCAAGAAGAUUGCUGAGCCUAAGCCAAGGGUGUAUUUUAUCCAGUGUGCUUCUUGAAACUCUUUGGAGGAACAUAAGUGUCCUACUUACAAGUUCCUUUCUUCAGUUCUUUUUAGUUCAGCCAAAUGUGAAUGGUGUAAAUUUGGGGAAAUCGCCUAUAAUGAAGUGUGAGUCAUGUUAUCAAAUUUAUUUCACUGACGUUUCUUCCCUCAUUUCUGUGGCAAAUAAAAUGGCAUUCUCACUUUUUA